GGGGGGCAGCUGCGGAAGGCGGACGCGGAUGUGUGUCUCGGGAGCAGCCAUGGAGCGGCGGCAGCGGCCGGUGGUGCCGGUGGAGCGGCUGAGCGGCGUCACGCGGGAGCGGUUCCUCAGCGACAUCUACCCCCGGAGAAAGCCAGUAGUGCUGAAAGGGAUGGAACUGGGAGCUUGCACAACCAAAUGGACAGUAGAUUACUUGAGCCAAGCCGUAGGAUCUAAAGAAGUGAAGAUUCAUGUUUCUGCAGUGCCACAGAUGGAUUUCCUCAGUAAGAACUUUGUGUAUAGAUCUUUGCCUUUUGAUGUAUUUGUACGAAGAGCAGCUGAAGUCAACCACAAGGAGUACUUUCUUUCUGAGGAUGAAAAGUACUAUUUGCGAUCAGUGGGUGAAGAUGUUAGGAAGGAUAUUGCAGAUAUCAGAAAGCAGUUUCCUACUUUGGCAGAAGAUAUUCAGAUUCCAGAGUAUUUUGAGAAGGAACAGUUUUUCUCUAGCGUCUUCCGCAUCAGCUCAGCUGGAUUGCAGUUGUGGACACAUUAUGAUGUCAUGGAUAACUUCUUAAUCCAAGUAACAGGGAAAAAACGAGUUGCUUUGUAUAGCCCUCGAGAUGCACCAUAUUUAUAUUUAUCAGGCACUAAGUCGGAGGUGCUGGAUGUGGAUAACCCAGACUUAGAGAAAUACCCCCUUUUUGUGAAAGCCAAGCACUAUCAAUGUUUUCUGGAAGCAGGAGAUGUGUUAUUUAUUCCAGCUUUGUGGUUCCACAAUGUAAUUUCUGAGGAAUUUGGAGUGGCCCUGAAUGUCUUUUGGAAGCACCUUCCUGCUGAUUGCUAUGAUAAGAAUGACACUUACGGGAAUAAAGAUCCUACUGCAGCCUCUAGAGCUAUACAGAUCUUGGACAGGGCCUUGAAAACACUCGAAGAACUACCUGAGGAAUAUAGGGAUUUUUAUGCUCGGAGAAUGGUGUUACGCAUCCAAGAAAAAGCCUACAGGAAUGAUAAUGGAUAAAACACAUUUUAAUUCAGCAAGCUCCUGUGAAAGUAGAAAAUUGCAUGCUAAUACGGAAACUGUCCAUAUGUACAUACAUAAGCUUUCUGCAAGACCAAUGAGAACUGUGUUUAUAAACAUUCAUCUAUAACAAA